AUGAUAUUAAUUAAUUUAACUGUUGAUGAAGAUAAAAGAGAAUAUUUGAAAGUUUAUUAUGGAAUGGACAGCAAUCUCGAGUCAACUGAUGAUCAACCAUUAGAUGAAUUCAAUAAACAAUUAAUAAAUGAAGAAUAUUUUUCAGUAGCACCACGUUUAUAUCACCGUACAAUUGAAGAAAAUCAAUAUUUACAAACAAUACAAAUAGACAAUCAUUUAUUAUAG